GUGAGUCUGGAGGCGGUCCAGAGAGAGUUGUCUGGUCUUCAGGAGCUCAGCUCUCACCAGAAGAAGAGGUCUGCUGAGAUCCUCAGUCUUCUGCUCAGAGACCUCAGUGAAGUUGGCAGUGUCCUCGGGACCACUGAGCUCAAAGCUAUGGCUGAAGUGAGUGGAGUGAUGGAGGAGGAGUUCACCACAGCUCGUCUUUAUGUUAGUAAGAUGAAGUCUGAAGUCAAAUCUCUGGUGAGCCGCAGCAAACAGCUGGAGAUCAACCUGACAGAGAACACCUGUAAGAUGGAGGCCAAUGGAAGGGAGCUGAGCAGCCACCAGCUGCUGGUCUCACAGCUUCGGGCCAAGUUGGAGUCUUUGGCUGAAGACCUGCAGAACAUGGAGCAGAAGAAACGGCAGCUGGAAGAGACUCAGGAUACUAUGAUGGAGGAAAUUGCCAAACUCCAUGCUCAAGGUCAGAUGCAAGAGCUGACGGUGAUGGAUAAAGAGAAGGAACACAUGAGCAGACUGAAGGAUGCUGUGGAGAUGAAAAGAACAUUGGAGGAACAGAUGGAAAACCACAGAGAGGUUCAUCAGAAACAGCUGAGUCGACUUCGAGAUGAGAUUGAGCAGAAACAGAGAGACUUUGACCACCUCAAAGAUGUGAACCAGGCCCUGCAUCUGGAAAACAGAAAAAUUCAGUCGGACUUCGACAAACUGAGAGCUGAGGAUCAAAACAAAGAGCAGAAACUGCAGAAACUUCAGUUCCUGAAUGAUAAAAGGGAACAAGCCAAAGAGGACCUGAAGGGUCUGGAGGAGACUGUGACCAAAGAGCUGCAGACAUUGACCAAUCUUCGUAAAAUUUUCAUCCAAGACCUCAGCUCUCGAGUCAGGAAUAGUUCAGAGAACAACAGCGACGAGGCAGGCGGCAGUCUGGCUCAGAGACAGAGGAUCAUUUUCUUGGAAAACAACUUGGAGCAGCUCAGUAAAGUCCACAAACAGCUAGUUCAAGAUAAUGCAGACCUUCGCUGUGAGCUGCCAAAGCUGGACAGGAGGUUGAGGGCCACAGCAGAGCGAAUAAAGACUUUGGAAACUGCCCUGAAGACAACCAAGGAGUCAGCUGUGAGGGACCGCAAACGGUACCAGCAGGAAGUAGACCGGAUUAAACAGGCAGUCCAGUCCAAGAACAUUUCAAGGAGAGGACACUCUGCUCAGAUUGCCAAACCAGUCAGAGCUGGGCAUCAGUACCAUCAGCAUCCAUCCUCCUCCCCGAUCAUUAGACCCAGCAUCAGAGGAGGAGCCGCCUCCAGUCCACGGCAUCACACCUCCAGACAACAACAACCGCAGUAAAACAAGUUGAUUCCAGAGAGGAGCUGCCUCUGGAUCAGAUUCUGGUUCUGAAUUCUCCUGGAAUCAGAAAUCUCUUUUCUGCAGCUUUUUAACAACCAACAAAAUGUUUCUUUAUUAUCACAUUGGUUCUGAUCCAGAUCUGUCAGGACAUUUGAGUGAAUACAUUUUAUUUAAUAUAAUUCAACCUUUUUACUUCUAAUUAUGAGAAAUAAAACAAAAAUCUACAGGAUUCAUCAAACCAAGUACAAAUAAAAACAAACAAAAACUAAAAAACUACUAAAAUAAAUAUCAAGGAAUAUGUAAAAAUUCAUGAAAAGUAUUUUUACUUUCUGAAAAAAAUCAUUUAUUUUGUGUUCAUUUGGUAUUUCAGAACAGUAAAGGAAAAAUAACAACAAAAACCCAAUUAUUUAUUAUUUAUUACUGUAGUAAUUUCUCAUAAAAGAAUUGUAACUAUGGAUGGGUAGGUUUAUUAAAACCAAAAUACAUUUUUUAAUUAUUAUAAUUUCUUAAUCAAAGUUGGAUAUUUUAGUCACAUUCUUUCUAUUGAAUUAUAACAAAGCAUCAUUUGUUCAAGUCAAAUAUUUCUGAUGUUAUUUUGAAACUGACUGAAUGUCUUGAGUUUUAAACUUUACUUUUGUGAAUAUUUUAGGAUACUGAAGAUUAACUUAUAAACCCUUAUUUUUUUUACAGAAUAUUUUAAAAAUCUUUUUAAAGUUAAA